GCUGAUAACAAUCUAUCCGUGUUGCUUCAUUAUAGUUACCAGGAACGAGGAGCCCUAGCUGAUCUUGAGACCGGGAUAAAACAUGCAAAGAAGUCAGUGGACACUUCACCGGACAAAAUCACGUAUGCAUCGCGUCUGAAUAACCUCAGCACUCUGUGGGCGCGUCAUUAUGAGCGUACUGCGGAUCUGGAAUCGUUAAACAAAGCAAUCAAUAUUGAAAAAAUAGCCUUGAAAGUAGCGCCGACGCAUCCUGAUUUGCAUCAGCAUCUCAAUAAUCUGGCUGUUUGGUUCGUCUGGCGGUAUGAGGCGCAUGGUGGAACCAAUUGAGCGGACUUGGAGUCUGCCAGCGAGAUGGAAGAAAAGGCAAUCCACAGUGUUGGUCCAACAGGCCCGGAUAUGGCCGUAUAUCAGACAAAUCUAUGCGGCUUUCUGAGGGUGAAGUAUGAGCAUAGUAAAUGCCUAGGUGACCUCCGUCGUGGUAUCGAGGUGGGGAUGAAAGCUUUACAGACAUUAUCGCCCAUUUCUGUCACUUAUCUCAGAUGUGUCAGUCAUUUGGGCUACAGCCUCGUUGAAAGAAACCAAGCAAAUGACAUUGAAGAAGCCAUCAAACUGUGGAAUGGGGUACUCGCAACUGCGUCUUUCCCUCCAGUCUAUAGAGUGAAUCUGGCUGUUGAAGCAAUUCCAAUGUUAAAGAAACAUGGAAAGUAUGAUGCAGCACUUAAGAUCGCCAGAUCGGGAAUUCAUCUCCUUGCCAAAGCUAGUCCUCGUUCUAUCCAAGGAUCAGAUCAGCAGCAUAUAUCGCGCAAAUAUGCAGGGUUCCUAUCAGAUGCUGCUGCCUUGGCGCUAGAAUGCCAUGAUUCCAACACAGCUGUUGCCGAUGCAGUGUCGUUGCUGGAAGAAGGUCGAGGGAUUCUAGCAGGUCACGAGUAUCAGGCUCGACAGGAUCUUACUCGGUUGAAGGCAGCACAUCCCAACGAAGCAGCCCAGUUUGAGGGUUUGAUCUUCCAGUUGAACAAUAUCCCGUCAUCUUCAGAAUCAUACGAAGCUAUAGAGGCAAAACUGCGAGAAGCAGACAGAAUGCUCAACGCUCUUAUUGAACGCAUACGUUGCUUUGAUGGGUUUAAAAUGUUCUUACGCUCACCUAGCACGGAGCAGCUAUACGCUAUAUCUCGGAAGAGUGGACAGGCAAUUGUCAUGAUCAAUAUUUCCUUCCGCUGCGGUGCUCUUAUCAUUCACAAUGGCGUUUUAAAGUCUGUUCGACUCCCAAGCGUGUACGAGUCUGUCCUUCGUGAGUGGGUUUGGAAAUGGGAUACUUCCGGUGCACAUGGCUGUUACCAGGUUCUCGAACAUCUUUGGAAGACCAUCACAUUUCCUAUUUUGGAGAAUUUUGGGUUCCAAAGAAUCCUCGGUGAGGAGGCUUCUGCAUGGCCGCGCAUUUGCUGGAUUCCCACCGGGACAUUGGUCGGACUUCCACUUCACGCUGCAGGACUCCACAGAAAGGAGGAUGGGCAAACUGUUACGGAUUGGGCUGUAUCGUCGUAUAGUGUAUCGGUCAAAGGAUUGAUUCAUCUGUAUGAGAAUGCCCAGAAUGCUCGUCAUGAAACCAAUGCAAAGCCUGCUGCAUUGUUGGUUGCAAUGCCCAAAACCCCCAAUUUACGAAGACUCCCCAAUACCUAGUGCAGAGAGAUGAUGGGUAUGGUUGAUCCGCGACAGUGGACGGCGUAUGUUCAUAUGGGUAUGUAGAUUCUGGGCGA